AUGAGGAGAAAUGUGGUCAAGAUUCUAAGCAUAGAGAUCACCAUAGGUCCAAUCAAGUUCAAAGUUGAAUUCCAAGUCAUAGAUAUAACUUUUUCUUUCACUAUGUUCCUUGGCAGGCCAUGGCUCCAUGCCACAGGGGCAACUGCGUCUUCUCUCCACCAAAAACUCAAGUUUGUGAUUGAUGUCAGAGUCAUCACCAUCAUGGCCGAUCCUGAGGUCAUCAACUUGCUAGCCAAUGUGGAGUCUAGUGACAAGGAAAUGGAUUCCCAACUAGGUGGAUUUCAGUUUGAUAUGGUGUGUGCCACAUACCCGGCACAACCCCUUCGAGAAAAGCUUCUGAUCAAACACCUGAACAAUCACAACACUGCAGCUCCAAAUAUGCUCAAGAAAAUGGGGUAUUUUCCGGAGAAAGCCUGCAAUUCCACCCUAUAUCCAGACUACUGUAAAUCAAUUCUCCCAUCUAAUGAAUCAUUAACUCUACACGAUUACACUCGAAUUUCAGUUAGUAAAUCCCUUUCUGCAUCAAGGAAGUUCUUGCACUUGAUCAAGUUGUAUCUUAAUAACCAAUCUUCCAUAACAACCAUUUCAGCCCUCCAAGAUUGUCAACUGGUAGCAGAGCUGAAUGUGGAUUUCUUCUCAGAAUCCUUUCAAACCAUUAACUCAACCGAUAGUCUUAGCUCGCAAACGGUUGACGACGUGCAGACCAUGCUUAGUGCAACACUUACAAACCAGGAAACUUGCUCAGAAAGCCUUGAAGCUACUGCAUCAGCACAGAGUGUCAAGAAUGAUCUUUCCACCUAUCUAACCAAUGGAACCAAAUUCUACAGUGUUUCUCUAUCCUUUUUUACUAAUGGUUGGGUUUAUACUAAUACUACAGUUGCUACACAGAAGGCAGAGAAGUCAGGGAGGAAGCUUAUGUUCUAUAGACCAAUUAGUAGAAGGAAGCUACUUCAGGUGAUUACAGGGCAGAUCCUAGUGAAAGAAACUGUGGUUGUGAACCAAGAUGGAAGUGGGAAUUUCACCACCAUUAAUGAUGCAAUUGCUGCAGCCCCAAACAAUACAAACAUCAGAGAUGGUUACUUCCGGAUACAAGUAGUUAAAGGGAUAUAUGAGGAGUACAUCUCCAUUGAUAAAAGCAAGAAGAAUAUUAUGAUUGUUGGUGAUGGUAUCAAUCAAACAGUGAUCACAGGCAACAGAAGCGUGGGUGGUGGGUCCACUACAUUCAAUUCUGCAACCUUGGCUGUGGUUGGACAAGGAUUUGUUGCAGUUAAUUUAACUGUCCGAAACACAGCGGGGGCAAUCAAUGGUCAAGCUGUGGCAGUCCGAAAUGGUGCAGACAUGUCUACAUUCUAUGUUUGUAGCUUUGAAGGGUACCAAGAUACACUAUAUUCCCAUUCCCUAAGGCAGUUCUACAGAGAAUGUGAUAUAUACGGAACUGUAGAUUUUAUAUUUGGCAAUUCUGCUGUGGUCUUCCAAAGCUGUAACAUAUAUGCAAGGCUGCCUAUACAAGGACAAUCUAAUACCAUGACAGCACAAGGUAGAUCAGAUCCAAAUCAAAGCACUGGGACUUCAAUUCAAGACUGUAAUAUUAGAGCAUCUCUGGAAUUGUUUCUUAGCAAUUACACUACAAAGACAUUUCUAGGGAGACCAUGGAGACCAUAUUCAAGGACUGUUGUUAUGCAGACUUACUUGGAUAGUUUGAUAGAUCCUGCUGGUUGGUUGGCAUGGGGUGAUAAUUCUACACUAACUACACUUUAUUAUGCAGAAUUCAGCAACACAGGACCUGGUUCACCAACUACAUCUAGGGUUAAUUGGCCUGGUUACCAUGUGAUUAAUGCUACAGAUGCAGCUAAUUUCACUGUUUCCAACUUUAUAAUGGGAGAUUACUGGUUACCUGCAACAGGAGUGCCUUACAAAGGUGGCUUAUUUGUAUGAUAAUGAAUUUGUAGAGUUGAAAUAGUUUUCUUUUGUUCUAGUAGUACUUUGUUUCAUUAUUAAAUAAAAAAUGU